AUGAAUGCGUUCCCUAGAAACCGUGAUAUUCCCAUGGUUCUCCGUGGAGGUGACAAUCAGUUUCGAAAUGAGCGUAUAAAUCCGCCAACCCGCCACAAAUCAAUGAAUCCAGGGGUGAAUAAAAGCGCCCAAUUAGGGACUUGGGCUGGGCCUCGAAGUGGUUUUCAGUCGAAAACAAGGAAUAGAAGUGUCAGUCCGGUACGAUCUCGAAUUCCAAAAUCGCAAUCUCCACAGUAUCACCAACAUAUUCUAAGCACUUCUUCAGUUCCUAAACAGAAUCGCGUGCGACGAACCAUCGCUCCCCGACCUUGGAUUGCUUGA